AUGAGUGUAAGCGACCAGAGUCCGGAAUCGGAGCUAAGAAAGGAAAGGAAAUUUAGUCGAUGCUCCGUUUGCAGCGCCUUUUCGGCUGGCUGCCAUUUCGGUGCCGUCGCGUGUAAAGCAUGUAAGAAAAACUUGCAAGUAUCGAAUGUGGCAAAAAACGGAAUUGCAAAGAAAAAAAUCUUUUUCAGCAAUAAAAAUUCUUCUUUACAGAAGAAGCCUGUGUUCUCCUUUGUACGGUCAAAAUAAAUAUUAUGAAAACGCUUUAUCAUAUCCAUUUUAGGUGCCGCGUUUUUUCGAAGAGCCAUCACCGACAGCCGCGCGUAUCAAUGCCAGCAAAACGAAGAAUGUCCCAUAACGUGGAGUAGGCAUACUUUUAACUACCGUAAAACAAAUCUCCGUGCAAUUAAAUGUGGAAAAAUAUAUAUAUAACGCCUUUGCAAAGACCUUGUAAUUUAAAAAAUAAUAAGGCCUCAAGAGUCACUUACGAGCCAAAAUGGCAUUCUUUAUGUAUGUGUAAAAAAACCUUUCUAUAACAAAUACAUUUGCUUGAUCCCGUGAGACUCGUCGUAUAGAGAUUCGGCCCUUUGAGAUUUGCUAUAUAGAUAUUUGAUGAGUGUAUUUUCGAGUUAUUACAAGUAUAUUCUCAGCUGACAGAACCGUCUGCAGAUCGUGCCGUUUCGAUAAAUGCUUGGCUGCUGGUAUGUUGCCGGAAAGUAAGUGGCUUCCCUUUUCUUGAUCUCGGUCGAUAACGUUCCGUAUUUUUUGUACACUAUCGCCAAGAAAAUCGCUACAACCAUUUAUUUUUAGGAGUCCAAAAGAAGCUUGACAAGUUUGGCACAACUUCCAGUAAGACAUCCGCAAUUGAUAGCGGAGUAAACUUGUCUGGCGAAAGCUUCUCCAGUGCCGAUUCAAGCCCCAAAAAGAAACGAAAAUCAAAGGAUUCGUACAAAAAUCGGAAGCGUCUCAACUCCUCAGCCACGGAGCGAAUCAUGGAAGGGCUCGAUUACUAUUGGGAGGAGCAGAAAAGGGAAUUCUACAGGGCGAAUCCCGAGAGAAUGGACGAUAAAAAACACGAGUUCCCCAAGAGUACGGUAGCCUCGCACAUCGAGAGGCAAAUGAGAUUGUUGGGCAUGACUUACGAAAUGAUGGAACAAUUCUUCGAGGGCUAUGAUGAGUUGAGUGCGGAGCAAAAGGUGAGAGCAUUUGUAAUAUGUGUCUGGGUGUAUGGUGAAUAAUCCUUACGGCUUUAAAUUUUGUCUACAAAUUGCCCAGGACCACUGCUAUUUUGCAAAAAUUGUUAUUUAAAAUUGUUCUUUAUAUUAGAUAUAGUCAUUGUUAUAAAAACCUUGCAGGCCCGGGUAAACGAACAAAAUGACAUGAUCUUCCCGCCGUUCGAAGUGGCCUACAAUACUUCCAGAUUCUUUCCCAAACACGACGACAACCGAAUCCUGUACGGAUAUGACGACAUGGUCGAUGCUGGCAAGCUGGAUGAAUUUUUUCGCGAUGACAAACAUCCAGAACAAUCGAAGGAGUGAGCAUAUUUUACGUAGAAUGCAAUACUGCACAUAUAUAAUAUACGUGUACAUGUUUCAGAAUCUACGAACCAUAUACGCAAAUGCUGCUCAAUUUCAUCAAAAAAUUCAAAAAAUUGCAAGUUACAAAAUUUGAGGUAGCAGCAAUGGCUGGAAUCAUUUUUUGGACUGAAGGUUUGUUUUUUGGCAUUGAUAAAAGAACCUCGCAAUUUUAGUGAAAACUCUCUAUCCAAUAGAAAUUGCUUACAAAAUGCAUGAUAAGCUGGCGUAUGAGCUCACAAACUACUGUAAGAAGGAAUACGGAGAGGAUAAUUAUCGGUACGGAAAGUUGUUAUUACUCCGGAGAGAUGCGGAGGUAAGUAAAUAUAUCGCGGUUUCGUUUGAUAAAGCCUCCGCCGAAUCCUCCGCCGGGGAAAAAACACGAAAUUUUUGCCAUCUGUGCAUCGGAUGACAACAAAAAUCACCCCAACCUCUUUUCCAACAUGAAUUGCAACAGCCGAAGGCCCAAAACAACGUCCGCCGAAAUCUGAGGUCUCCGCCGCGCCUCCGCGGAUUGCGCAAAAUCGAAAACGCAAAAAAGCAUACCGUAAAAUCCACGGAGGUUUAACGCAAACUUGAUUUUAGCCGUUGCAACGGCGUUUCCGCCACGUAAUACGAUGUGAUUUUUAAAAAAGGCCCUAAUUUUCUUCGCCGAGAAAUGGGCCCUCCGCCGACGAAAAAAAAUUUUUUAGAGAUUCUAAAAAAGCACGACGUCAGUUUUUAGAAGCAAAAAGAAAUUCGUUGAUAUCAGUCUGUCGGGAAAAUAACGGCGGGUCGUCGCGCUUUGGAAUCGCCCAUCAUCGCUUUGCGACGACUGCAAGCCGCGGCUUGGGAUUUGGUGCGCGAUAGCGGCGAGACGAGACAUUUUGCUGCGACGAUCCGCCGUUAUUUUCCCGACAGACUGAUAGCUGCAAAGAACACAAAGAUAUAAGCAAAUAAUUUGUUCCAAAUUUCUUGAAACAUCCUGUACAUAAACCUCUGUUGCGCACUGUCAAUUUAACUGUAUUGCGGAUACUUUUUUCAGAAGCUGGGAACAGUCCUAAAAGAAAACUAUGUUAUGAGUGCUUUCGACAAUAAGCAUUAUGAUGACUAUUAUAAACUCUCCGCUCAAUUCUACAACAUCAAGUUGGAGCGUGAAGAAGACGAGAGGAGAUGGUCAUCAUAG